AUGUCUGAUCGGCCACCUCAUGGAAAUGCGACCGUGUCAAAUGCCUCCGUAUCUGGGAAGAUGCGUCAGAGAUCACGACAGGCAUGUGGCCCUUGUCGUCAGCGAAAGAGGAAAUGCGAUGGACAGUUUCCCUGCUCGACCUGUACAGGAUACGGAUAUGAUUGCCAGUAUAUGGAUGAACCAUCAAAAGCCGCCAAGAGAAGCGCAGAUGACGCCGGUCUGCUCCCACUGCCGCCUGCGAAAGAAGCACGGGUGCUGGAGUGGCAAGACACGCAUGCCAACCGGGCCCCGGCGAUCUCUACUCCUUCCAGUGGAAUCUUGGAGCCCUUGAAAUUGAGGUACAUGGGGCGGCAUUCGUCGGUGGCAUUCCCGAUGACAGUCGGGCUGGAGAUGCAGGCGGCCAAUCCGCCCCGUCUACACUCCUUUGCCUACAACCCAGGAGUCCGCGCAGAACCGGGCUGUGGGGUGAACUUUGACCUGGCCACCUAUAUCUCUUGGGACAAGGUGAAGAACCUGAUGGACGUUUACUCGUUGACUGUCCACCCGGUGUUUGGCAUCCUGGAUCUGGAACGACUCUCUCAGCGCGGCGAAGAGCACUGGCACGGAAGGGAUCAGGGGCUUGGCUUUGAGGCCCUGAUCAGCGGCGUAAUCGGGCUGGGAUCUCUCUUUUCGGGCUUCCUCGGCGAGGAUCAGGAGAUGCGGAUUGUGCGGCAUGCCAAGGAGAUCCUAGAGGAUGCGUCGAUCGGCCGAGUCCCGUCCAUCGACAAGAUCGCUGGUUGGAUCUUGCGUACUGUCUAUGUGCGUACGACGAGCCGGCCGCACUCUGCCUGGAUGUGUAGUUGCACCACAAUGCAUCUCGUGGAAGCCGCUGGGUUGCAUCAGCCCUUGGAUGCGGUCGUGUUGACGACGGGCGAUAGUGGUAAGAAGGCGUUGGAGGAUAUUGCAGAAACGCGAGAGCGCAUCGCCCAGAUUGCCCAAUGUCUGAAUAUCAUCAUUGCUUACGACUACGGACGGUCGGUGGUCAACCUCGGCUUGACAUGGAAGAGCGGCUUGAGAGAUGGGGUGCGGCAAGGGGAUUGGACGCCGCAGCUGUUCGACUUGGUCGGGGCUGUGCCUCUGGAUCGCCAUGCGGACGAUGCUGCAAGGCGCAAUGAGCUGAUGGCCGGUCUUGACAAAGUGGCCCAGACCGUGGUGGAACAUGACUUUUUGGUCUUGAUCAAGGCCGAUCUUGCCUUUUGCCUUUUCCGCCGACUCCGAGUGCUGGAGUGGACAUGGCCGCCGGGAUCGCUCCAUACAAUAGUCUCUGUCGGCCUGCUUGCUUUGCCGGCUGCCCGACGACUGAUGGUUCAGAAUCAUCCGUGGUGGAACGUAGUUGGAACGGUCUUUCAAUUCAUCUGUGUUCUGAUCGCCAUCGAUACCACCGAGAGUCUGGAGACGAUUUCGGAAGCGAUGGAGACACUGGAGAUGAUCACGGAACGGUUGAGUACGCAUUUGGCGAUCGAAGCCCUGCACACGGCUCGACACCUCGUCCGUGCGUCGCUGGAGAAGAAGCACAAAGGCAUCUCGAUUCUCGAACGGGUCUCGGGGAUUUCUGACGGGGCAGAAGGACAGUGGCCGUCAUUGGGAUCCUUUCUGGAGUCCUUUCAGCAGACGCCUUCGAUGGAUAUGGACUUUCUUCUCGGCAUGGACUUGUUACUAUGA